GUUGUCGCAGGCUUUCUCGCUCUCGUUCUUCUCGCUCCUUCCGCGGCGAUGGCGUCAGAAGGUGUUGAGCAUCGCAUGACCGCCCGUCAGGCCGCCAUUGCCGCGGCUGAGGCUGCGGCAGGUGUGGGUCAGGAGCGAAAGCCGUCGAUGGAUGUGGGCGUGAGCAGCGACGGUGAGGAGGAGGAGGAUGGGUCAGAGUGGGAGGAGAGGGGCCGCCGCACCACCAAGGCUGCUAAGAAGAAGCAGCGGGUGGAUGAGAAGGACAAGGCGGCUGCCGGCAAGGCCAAGCCCAAGAAUAAGGGCGGCAGAUCUAAGGCUCAAGCGGCAGACGAGGACCAUCAGAUGGAGGUACGCUCGCACCAUGUGAUGGGAGGGCACACCAGGGACCGGCAUGGCUCGGGCAUCGCUCAUCUAUGGCUCGCUGCUGUCUGUGUUUCGUCUGUUUGCCCGUCAGGAUGUGGUUGAGUUGUUUCCUGCCGACCCGAUGGAGGCUCUCAAGGCCGAGGCGCAGAAGCUGCAGACGCAGAUCCAGCGCGUCGAACACGCCAAAGCAAAGGUGAGCGAGAGGGAGAGGGGGGCAGGGUGAGGAUCACCGGAGAGGAAUGUGUGUGGUGUUGUGUGUGUCGUCCUGCCUGCGUUCAGGCUAAGGAGUUGUAUGAGUUGAAGAUGGGCCUCGCCGCACCCGGAUCGCACACAGAGCAGAAUCGCAUGCAGGUGAGGAUGACGACACGACACACAGUUGACACGACACAUCCCCCCUGCUCACUCCUGCGAUUUGUUAUGUGUAUGUGUGUGUGGCUGGCUGAUGAUGCAGGACGUUGACCGCCACUACCGCGUGUUGACAGAGAUGGUGACGGCUGAUGCUGAGGCCCACGCCACCCACACAGACACCACCGUCAAGCGGCAGCUGGACCGGUGCGUCGCCAAACUACAAAUCAUACAAGACAAAAUCGACAAACUACACCAACAGCAGGUCGCGCACCGCACAUGGGGCAGACAUAUCCAUUUGUGUGUCCUCCUCGCCCUUGUUUGGUGUGUGCAGGUGGUUGUGCCGUGCCUUGAGGGUCUGCCUGAGGCCCUCUGGAUGAGCAGCGAGGAGAAAUUCGGUACGCAAAGGAGAGAGUGGACGACGAGUAUCCAGGGGACGGGGGUGAUGCCAUGUGUGUGGUGUGUUGGUGUGUCAGGACUUGGUGCCUUCGUUGGUUUUGUUCCAUGUCUGACGUCGCUGUCGGCUGUGAGCACCCACUUCCACACCCUCACCCAGGACAGCAACAUGCACCCCAUCAUCCAACUCAACACCUCACCUUCCAAUGACAUCAUUGACGAACUGCCCGUUGAGCAAAGGGAGGCCUUAUGUGCCCGUCUCCGUCUGCGUAUCGGUGCUGUGUCUUGAUUCAGGUCGUUUCUCGAAGACCAGACACAUCCGCAUCAAUCACGCCCCCACGCCCGCCCUCAUCCGUCUGCUCGAGAGUUUCAAGGACAGCAUCAAGAGCGUCGACCUGCGUGGCGUCAAGAACAAGCCCGACGACAACCUGCCCCCUCCCCAGCAGCACAUCGUCUUCCCGCAGCUCCACAAGGCGACCGUCCAUGGGAAGUGGCAUGGCAUUGCACGAGAUCGCAAGUAUAAACUCCCGGCCCUCAAGCACCUGAGUACUGCCUCAUUCAGCAACCGGGGACCGGGAGCAUAUUUCUUGCACGUUGGGGUACUCUUGCACACACGGAAUAUAUGGAUGCAUACAGCUCCCCAAGACUGCCAUAUAUGUGUGCAGGCGUGGCAGUGGAUCCGCAACGCAUCCAGCGGCCUAACAUCCAUCCAUUCAACCCUUCAACAGGUAGGCAGCACGCGGUGACCGCAGGCAGUGCCCUCAAACCAAGGCUGCCUGGUUGCCCUGUGUGUCCUGCUGUGGUGCAUCAGUCGCUCGUGAACGUUACUGCCGCCAUCAAGGACACACCAACAGGUGAAAGGAUUGCAAACCCGAGACACACUUGCAGUUGUCACUACGCCUGCUGCGUCUUGGGAUGACAGUCAAGAGCCUCAUUUGCCUCACCGGCUUCACCUUCAGCAGCGACAACCCUUACUUGUACUACCCCUACUAUGGCCUUGGUGGGGGAGGUGGCGGCGACAAGGCGCCCGAGGAUGAGCUCAUCGACCUCAUCGGAGGAGGGCCACAGGGAGGCAAGCUGCGCAAGAUCAAGAUGCAGCUCCCCGACCUGCCGAAAUCCAAAGUCAUCCAGGUGUGUGCGCACAUGUGAGGGAGACUUACCGACUCCUUCAAACAACGGCUCAUGGAUGGUGGUUGUCUGAACCACAGAGGAUUCACCGAUUCCGCGCUGCCUGCCUCGCCCCUGACGCCACGGAGAUCUACCGCACGACCAACAACCGCAUCUCCCUCCAGCUGCCCUUCGACAACGAGUACGGCGUGGGCCCUCUCGCCCAAUGCCUUCCCACCGUGCAGCUGUACUGCGCCAGAGCCAACACCGUGACGCUCAGGUCGCAUGCAGGGGGGCCUGAGCUCGGGUCACUCGUUUUUCCACAUGUGAAGGAGCUCACGAUCGUGUCGUUCGGGUAUGGUGUGCUGCCUUCGUACAUAACGUCUGAUCCUCGCGCGAUGUUCCCCAAUGUCAAGUCUGUCUGGGUCAAGCAGAGGGGACGGGCAGAGUUCUUUGAGGGAGGAGUGGGGCAGGUGUUGGGUGCACUCCCAUCCAUCGACCAUGUCACGUUUGAGCUGUCUACUCUCGCCAAUCCCGAUGCUACGCUGUGUCUCGUCCCUGCCGGUGCGGCCCAUCUCUGUGCUCAAGGCAGGCGAGAUGUCACUGUGUGCGUCAAGAGUGAGAUCGAUUUUCCAUCCCCUCACUACAACUACACCACACACGAGUAUGAUCCCCCCCAGAACUACACAGCACAGUGGCGUGUGUACGGUGGGGAGGGGGACGCAGGCAGAGAGUUCAUGGCAAGUCGCGUGUCUCGCCUGAAGAUCGACAUGAGAGUGCGUCUGUUGCGAAAUGGUGACUACGGCAUCCCCCCCAGAACUACACAGCACAGUGGCGUGUGUACGGUGGGGAGGGGGACGCAGGCAGAGAGUUCAUGGCAAGUCGCGUGUCUCGCCUGAAGAUCGACAUGAGAGUGCGUCUGUUGCGAAAUGGUGACUACGGCCGACGAGGUUUGGCACUUCCUGCUGCCAAGGACAUGUGCCGGUCGUUUGCCGACUGUGUCGCUGAGGCCUUCGACAACUGCCCUUUCUCUCGUGUGUCGUGCUCGCUCUGCCCGACUGGCGACGUGCUGUGUCUUACAUUUCGCUCGUCGAUUGUGUGCGAGGGUUUGCCAACCGGCGAUUCAGAGUGGCCAAAGGGCAGGCAGACAGAGAGGGUCAGAGUGUUGUGUUGCGCCCGAGCCAGGCCAAGCAGAAGAUCAAGAAAGAGACACGCACCGAGGCAGUCAUGAAGACAGAGGAGGAGUAAGGAGAGAAAGGCAGACCGGCCGACUGUUUCGUAUGUGUGUUGGUCAUCGCAUGAAUGCGUGGAGUGUCUACAGUCACGACCACUUUUGGCUUCGCAGUAAUGGAUGGAUGGAUUCAUGAGGGCCCGUACGUGUUUGGCUUGGAUGACAGAGACGACGGACACAUGACAUUCCAGAACUCGUCAGAUCAAUGAACUUGCAU